UCUCACUUUUCUCACUCGGCACACAAUCACUCUCACUUUCUCUAAAUUUUUUAAUGGACAUGGACUUCGACAUCCCUCUUCCGGAGGAACUGGAAUUACUAGAAGCCAACGCCCGCUUCCACGAUCCUUACGGCGACGAGGACCUCGAUCUCGACCUCGAACCACCUGAACAACAUCCGCCCGAUUCACCGGCCCGCCAACUCACUCCGCACAAGCGCACCCGAUCCGAAUCUCCCAGUCUCCCAAUUGACGACAACGAACCCGAAUUCGAUGACAAAAGAACCAAAAUUGUUGUUAAUGAUGAUGAAAACAACGAGAAGGACGAGGAUUGGCUUCGCUACAGCCCGCCAAAGGAGAGUAAUGGUGACGUGGAUGAGAGAGAAGAUGCGACCGAUGUGGUGCAGGAGAAGGUCUUGUCCAGGUACGCGUUUGAGAUUGAGGGCGAUUGCUUGCCGGUGACGGCGCCGGGUGGCGGCGAUAGGGUUUACGUGAAGAUAUGUAGGGCUCAGGGAGAGGAGGGAGUGAAGAAAUUAGAUGUCAAAUCAUACUCAAACGGUCUUAUUCCAGAACCUGUUAAUGUUCUAUUACAAAAAAUGGAGCAGGAGGCCUUCGCGAAGGCCUUGAAAUCUAGUUCUGAAGAUCAAACUGGGAUAAGUCUGCCAGAAAAACCACUGAUGCAUGAACAGCUUUGGGUGGACAAGUAUGCUCCAAAUUCAUUUACAGAGCUUCUCAGUGAUGAACAGACAAAUCGUGAGGUCCUCUUAUGGUUGAAACAAUGGGAUUCAUGUGUUUUUGGCUCUGAAGUUAGGAGUACAUCUGAUGAUGUUUUGUCUGCUUUGAGACGGCAUUCUUCUAUUGCUCACCAUAAAAAGAUAACUUUUCCUAAUUUUUCAAGGAAGUUCAGAGGACAGAGAUGGAGUGAGGGAAGUUUUAGACAUUCUAAUAAUUUGGAGCUUGAAAAUAGUAACUCAAAAGGCAUUCAGGACUUAUGGAAUAAGCACACAAGGCUCAGUGGUCCCCCAGAGCAGAAGAUCCUUUUACUUUGUGGUCCACCAGGGCUUGGAAAGACUACACUUGCGCAUGUGGCUGCUAAGCAUUGUGGUUAUCGUGUUGUGGAGGUUAAUGCUAGUGAUGAUCGAUCAUCAUCAACUAUUGAGGCUAAAAUCCUUGAUGUGGUUCAGAUGGAUUCUGUUAUGGCUGACUCAAGACCCAAGUGUUUGGUCAUUGAUGAAAUAGAUGGAGCUCUUGGCGAUGGCAAGGGUGCUGUGGAGGUUAUUUUGAAGAUGGUGUCUGCUGAAAGGAAGUCUCAUGCUGGGAAGGAAAGUGUUGCUAAAGAAGAGCAAUCAGGAAGAAUAUCCUCCAAAAAAGGGCGUAAAGCUACAUCACUUUUAAGACCGGUAAUUUGCAUAUGUAAUGACCUGUAUGCACCUGCCUUGCGACAGUUGCGUCAGAUAGCCAAGGUUCAUGUAUUUAUUCAACCAACACUGAGCCGUGUGGUAAGCAGGCUCAAAUAUAUUUGUCACAAGGAAGGCAUGAAAACAAGUUCAAUGGCACUUACUGCACUUGCGGAGUACACUGAGUGUGAUAUACGAUCAUGCUUGAACACUCUUCAGUUUCUUAACAAGAAGAAGGAAACCCUUAAUAUGUUUGAAAUCAGUUCACAAGUGGUUGGCCGAAAGGACAUGUCAAGAAGUGCUUUCGAUAUCUGGAAUGAGAUUUUUCAAAGGCAGAAAAUAAAGCGGCUAAGAAAAUCUAUCAAUAACUUUGGCAGUUCAUCCAGUGAAUUUGACUUUCUACACUCCCUCAUUUCUAGCCGUGGUGAUUAUGAUGUGAUUUUGGAUGGGAUCCACGAAAACAUUUUGCAGCUCCAAUAUCAUGAUCCAGUGAUGCAAAAGACAGUCAAAUGCUUAAAUUACCUUGGUGUUUCUGAUUUGGUGCACCAAUAUAUUAUGUCCACACAGCAAAUGUCCCUUUAUGUUUAUCAACCACCUCUUGCAAUUACUGUACAUCUAUUAGUUGCUCAAAUUCAAAAACCAAAUAUUGAGUGGCCAAAGUCUUAUCAAAGAUACCGGACAACAUUGAUGGAAAAGAGGGACAUUUUCAACUCUUGGCAUUGCAAAAUUCCACCUUAUAUAUCAAGGCACUUGACAAGCAAGUCAUUUGUAGAAGACUCAGUUUCUGAAUUAUUACAUAUUUUGUCACCACCAACUCUUAGACCGGUAGCAUUGCACUUACUAUCAGAUAAAGAGAAGACUGACCUGGCUCAGUUGGUUAGCACAAUGGUAUCCUAUUCUAUAACAUACAAGAAUGUGAGAUUUGAUCCUUUGCCCAAUAACCUGGGACAAGAUGGAGGUUCAGAUGCCUCAGCACUUUCUUUGGAUCCAUCAAUUACUGACUUCAUUAACUUCAAGGGAUAUAGAUUAGUUCAUCAUGUACUUGCCUUGCCAGUGAAGCAAGUCUUGGUGCAUGAGGUUGAAAAGCAAAGGAUUAUGCAAGCAAGCAUUGGCAAACCUGUCCAUAAAACAGAUGGACAAAAAGGAAACCAGGACUUGGUAGGGGUAGAAACAGGUAAAGCAGGGUCUACAAAAGUAAAUCAUGGACCUGCAAGUUCUGUAAUAAUGGGAAAUGCAAAGAAUAUGUCAAAUCCAAUUACUUGUACCAUAUCAUCAACCUUAGAUUCCAGUACAAGUGCUUCAACCAAUCUGAAACUGAAAUGUUCUGGUAAUAUGAAAAAGCCAUCCAAUGGGUCCUUCAGUUUCUUUGACAGGUUUAGGAAAUUGAAUAGUAAAGGGUCUCAGAAUAUUGAUAGCGUUGUACAGAAGGCAACAGUGGAAAGAGAUUCACGCCCCCUCUUAUUUAAAUUUAAUGAGGGUUUUACAAAUGCUGUAAAAAGGCCGGUUCGGAUGCAUGAAUUUUUGCUAUGAUUAUUUCACUUAGCAAUCUGGAUAAUCACCGUCCAGCCUCAAUUAUCUUAACUGCUUACCGACAUUUUGAACAUGUAAUAUAUUUUGUGUUUUUAUGGAUUACCCAUCGGGAUGCUGCUAACUGUCGGCAAUACUGCUGGGAAAAAAAGUUGCGAUGGGGCGCCACCCAAUUUAGUGUAUCAAGUAUUUAUCAUAAUUUUUGUAUAGGAGAAGACUAUUUCCCACCUAACUUUUGAUACGUGUUCAAAAUGCUAUCCACGGCAGAUAAAAAUCUACUUUUUUCA